AUGUUCUCCCAGUUAGCUCCUUUGCUCCUUCUCCUCAUACUUGCUGGGUCCAGCAAACCGGUGAGUCUACGCAGAGGUCAAGCACAGCUGGACGGACAUAUCAGGACAGAAGACAUGCUUCAAUCUGUGUUUAAGGACAAGGGCAGAGACCUGACAAAUGUGGACAGCAGGAAAGAAGAUGUAUUUGGAGAUUCUUCUUCUUCAAAGCAAGGAAUCGCAGAAGCAGCAGAAGACGGAGAAGCGUGGGGAGAGCCUGGUGCUCCGUCUAACUUCAGAUCCACACACUCAAUAAGCGACGGUAAACUGUGGGAUCCCCGCUUCUCUUCUCGAUGUGUGCCAAUCCCUUCCAGCAUGGCCUUGUGUCACAACAUUGGUUAUGAUACCAUGCGGAUCCCUAACCUCCUAGGCCAUGAUUCUCCAGCUGAGGCUGUCCAGCAGAGCGCCAGCUGGUUGCCACUGUUGGCCAGAGAGUGCCAUCCAGACGCUCGCAUUUUCCUCUGCUCUCUUUUUGCUCCAAUCUGCCUGGACAGGUUUGUCUCCCCCUGCAGAAGUUUGUGUGAAUCUGUGAGGGACAGCUGUGCACCAAUCAUGAGUUGCUAUGGCUACCCCUGGCCUGAAAUCCUGCGGUGUGACCAGUAUCCUGCAGACCACCUCGUGUGCAUCUCCUCCAUCACCAACACAACUGCCUACACCGGGGCGCGCGGAGUGCCUCAGGCAAGCUGUCGGGACUGUGAGCUGGAGGAGGCCUCCUCCUCAAAAGAGACACUGGAGACAUUCUGUAGGAGUGAUUUUGUUGUGAAGCUGCGUCUGACGAGGCUUAGGUAUAGUCCAGUGAGUCUAUCUCAGUUCUCGUUGGCUGCAAAGCUGGAUGUUUUAAAGCGCGGGUCUCUGCUCGGUGAGCAGAUUCGCUCACGCAUUGAACUGUGGCUCGAGAGAGAUGCCACAUGUGUUCGGAACAUGACCCGACAGCAUCCACGAGGCGGCACCUUCCUAUUAACCGGGACAGUCCAGGGGGAACGCCUGGUGGUCAAUAAGGCUUAUGCUUGGCAAAGACAAGACAGAAGCCUCACUGCAGCUGUGCGCAAGUGGAAAAGUCACAGGUGCAGGAACUAA